AUGCCGAACGGUACACUCGAAGUAAUUAUUGCAGGAGGACGUCGUCUUAAAGAUGAAGAUACUUUUGGUAAAAACGAUGCUUAUGUUGAAGUCUACGUAGAUAAAAAGUAUAAACAAAAGACCACCACUGUUUCGAAUACAAAUGAUCCUGUUUGGAAUGAACGGUUUACUUUCAAUCUUCAUCAUGGCGAUGAUACUAUUCAUUUUGAUGUCUACGAUGACGAUGUAGGUGAUCGCGAUUCAAUAGGCAAGUGUAAAGUCAAAUUGAAAAAUGUUUUCGACGACGGAAAAUUCGACGAAUGGGUGAAAUUACCGACGAUGCUUGGAUUGUCAUCCCAUGGCGAGAUCCAUGUCAUUAUGAAUUUUAGACCAUCGUAA